GUUGCUGUCACGUGCUCGUUGUUUUUGAAAACAGAAGCCAGCUGUCAGGACAGAUCGAGAGACCAAGCCCCAACUGCGGAUCAUGUCGACCGACCUGGAGAGCCUGGCGGACUUCGAGCGCGACCACUACGACCGAUAUGAAUAUUACAACCUGCAGGAGUACGGCUGCGGGGCCGGGGGCAAGGGGAGAACCAAGAGAGAGAUCGAGCUGAACGGGAACCGCCAUGUCCCGGCCGGGCACGAGAGGAAGAUCGAGGAGAAGCUGCACAACAGCGAGAUCAAGCGGAGGAGCAGGAGCUCGUCUCACUGACAGCCGGCCUCACCGCCUCCUCCAGGUACCUGAAUACUGAAAUUUGCACGUUCUUAUUGACUAUUCUCUGGUGUUUUACAUACUCUUGUUUGUUAAACACUCUGUGCCAUAUGGAAGAUGGCUGAGCUACAUGUCCUUUUCUCCUGUCCAGUUGCUGCAUUGGACAGGACACACAAGACUCUGAAGUACUCGUAACUGGAAGAUUUACAUGAUCUCCGUUUUCACGUGAUAAUUAUGAGCUGAAGGUCUUUAAUUGGAAUUAAUAUCCAGUAUGUAUGGACCGUAUUCAAAGCUCCAUGCAACAAUAAAGUUGUAUCUGAUUUUAUAUUAUUUUUAACUGUUGUUUAAGCUUAAAUAGAGUAAAUACAAUUUUAAAUUUUUGUCUGUAUUUUAGUCUGUGUAAAAGUAUUAUUACAUGAUGGUAUUCUAACAUUUGAAAAGGCUAUGGGAAGUGUAUCUGAAAAUUGCUUAUUGCAGUCCACUCAAAAUGUCAUGCUAGGUUACUGUAGAUAGUGCUUGAAAUGAAGAAGAUCUGGUGAUAAAAAUAAGUAGCAUUCCCAAAGAAAACAUGAUAGUGGAUCACUUAAAUAUGUAGUAAUUACCUCUAUGUAUAGGAUAUGUGUCUCCAUCUACAACAUGGGG